CCCGACCGGCGCUCUGUGUGGCCGCGGCCAUGAAGCCGCAGCCUCCGGGCUAGGCCCGGGGCGGCUCUAGCCCAGGGCGGCCCGCAGGGGGCUGGGCCCGGUCCGGGGCUCCGGUUCCCAGGCCGGCGGGCGGCCUCCCACCAUGCCCGGCAAGCACCAGCACUUCCAGGAACCCGAGGUCGGCUGCUGUGGGAAAUACUUCCUGUUUGGCUUCAACAUUGUCUUCUGGGUGCUGGGAGCCCUGUUACUGGCCAUCGGCCUCUGGGCCUGGGGUGAGAAGGGUGUCCUCUCCAACAUCUCAGCGCUGACAGAUCUGGGAGGCCUUGAUCCUGUGUGGCUGUUUGUGGUGGUUGGAGGCGUGAUGUCGGUGCUGGGCUUUGCUGGCUGCAUUGGGGCCCUCCGGGAGAACACCUUCCUGCUCAAGUUUUUUUCCGUGUUCCUCGGUCUCAUCUUCUUCCUGGAGCUGGCGACAGGGAUCCUGGCCUUCAUCUUCAAGGACUGGAUCCGAGACCAGCUCAACCUCUUCAUCAACAACAAUGUCAAGGCCUACCGGGACGACAUAGACCUUCAGAACCUCAUCGACUUUGCUCAGGAAUAUUGGUCUUGCUGCGGAGCCCGAGGGCCCAAUGACUGGAACUUCAAUAUCUACUUCAACUGCACUGACUUGAACCCGAGCCGGGAGCGCUGUGGGGUGCCCUUCUCCUGCUGUGUCAGGGACCCUGCGGAAGAUGUCCUCAACACCCAGUGUGGCUAUGACGUCCGUCUCAAACUGGAGCUGGAGCAGCAGGGCUUCAUCCACACCAAAGGCUGUGUGGGCCAGUUUGAGAAGUGGCUGCAGGACAACCUGGUUGUUGUGGCUGGGGUCUUUGUGGGCAUCGCCCUCCUCCAGAUCUUUGGCAUCUGCCUGGCCCAGAACCUCAUGAGUGACAUCAAGGCAGUGAAGGCCAACUGGUGAGGCCACUACAGGCCAUGGCCACACACCUGGCAUACCCAGGCCUCUGGUGGGGGACCUCCCAGGUCCCUCCUGCUGUGCCCAUGACGGGCAAGGCUGCAGGAGGUGUUUCUGCUUGGACCUGAGCCCCAUAUGGGGUUCUCAUGUGCUGUCCGCCCACAGAGAAAGUCACUGUGGCUCUGCCUGGGCUGCUUGUCCUGGAGCUCUGUGUGCAUGGAGGGUGUGUGUACAUGUGCACAGGGAAGCCACUGUCUCGGCUCUUGUUGGGGUGGUGGGCUCUCCAGGGGACUAGGAUGAUCUCAGCUAUGAGUGCAGGUCAGGUGGGUGGGAGGCACUUCUGUGGAGGGUCUGCAUGUGUCCCCCCCCGCUAGGACACUCUUCUCUGUGCUUAGCUAUGUGGGGUGGGCUUUGAGGCCUGCUGUUGCCCGGGCCACAGCCUCACACAGCUUUGGAGCUCUCCUCUCUACUAGCUGUGACCUUGAGCCUGCCAGGAGCCCUUCAGCUUCAGUGUCCCAGACUCUGAAAUGGCUCCAGGAAUUUUCUCUCUCUUGCUUGCCUCUCAGGAUUAAACAUGAUGAUGGCUACAAACUGCUCAAAUAAACAAAACUCAGAAACCACUGGCUUAUGCCCACCGUCUUGGAGGUUCUUUCAGCUGUGGAGCCUCAGAAGGGCUCUCCUGCCUGGGGCUUCUGGCCCGGACCCAACCUGCCAACAUGUUUUCUUUGGCCUGGGUAGUUUAUACAUUUGACCCAAUUUUUAAAAAUCGGUAUACUUCACAUAAAAGUCCAGAUCCCCAGCUUCUCUUGAAGAAUGACCAUCUGGCCAUGUGAGCUCUUCAUGGCAAUGAUACCCAGUACACAAGCUUCCCUGGUCACUGAGGGCCCCACCUGGCCGCUCUGUUCACCUAAGUGCCCCGCCUGACCCCUGUAUGCUGGGAGUUCGCCUCCCCACCUCUGUAGGUUAUUUCCUGUGAGGCUGCUGUGGGGCAAGCCUGAUAUGAGGCCCAGGGAUAUGAAGAAUGAGGAGGCCAGACCCUACCCUGAAGAGAGUAUAUAGCCUAGGAGGGGGUCCACUGAGGUGGGUGCCAGUGCGCCCAGGAGAGUGGCUUAGGGGUGGGAUGAGGGUAAGAUUUUUCAAAGGAAGUAGCUGGAAGCCUGGGGCUUGGGACCCAUGGGAUUGGAGGGAGCAUGCUUUGGGGGCUUUGGAAGGUUGAUUCCUAGGCUUGGAAUCAAGUUCAAAAUUUCACUUGUGGCCUGCAGAGCUGCCUCAUGGCCACUAGAGGGCGCUCCAGCACAGAACUCUCCAGGUCUGACUUCUUUCCUCCAGCAGAGCCACGUGCCCCCUGUGCCCACCCUGCUUACCAGCACUUCUGGGUUCAGGGAAUUUGAAAACAUCUAGAGAAAACUAGCUCAGGCUUGGAAAGUCUGGCUACUGCCCUCUGCCACUUACCAGCUGCAUGAAGGGGUGUAUGUGGAGUGACCCUCCCCCACUCCUCCCUGGGCUGUGGAUGAAAGGAGGGGGCUAAGCUAGUUUAGAGUCUCACACUCAGAUGCCCUCAGGCCAGGUAGGUGAGUUAUGUAAAUGAAUGAAGUGGCCCUUUGAGUUGAGGCCUACUUCACUUUGACUUUCCCCCUGUUACUAGAGACAGAGACGUUGCUUUGCACAAUCUAGUUGAUAAUGGCAACUUGCCUUGAGAGCAAGAGUGUGGUGGGGACUGUGGCAGAGCAUAGAUCCCCAUCUGAGGGUCGCAGCUGCCAUUCAGUUGUAGCUAAUUGCUGUGAUGUGGGGAUGAAGGUCUAAUGUCAGAAAUCUGGAGAAGCCAGAAAUCCAGAUUUUUAUGUGAAAUAUCCUGAUUUUUUAGGUGUUGGCAACUAAUUCAAAAAUUAAUCUGCAAGCCAAACAAAAGGUGUAGGGCCCAGCUUUGGCCCCUUUACCACCAUAGAUCCCUCUGGGGCAGUCACACACUGGGACCCUGGUUGCUCUGCCAUCAGGGAUGCUGGGAGCUGCAGCCAGUGGACAGGGUGUGGGGCAUGCCUCCAACAUCGUGGCUCCUUGGCACAGGCUGAACAGUGUCCUGGGUCCCUGACAGGCACUGGCCAUGGGUGGUUUGUACACACUACAAUAAAUGCAGCUCGUGAUGUUGUGUA